CCACUGAGAGCGUUAGUGACCGCAAAGCGACAGAAGCCACUCGCAAUUAUUCGUCAAUAUCAGUCUUGAAUUCUUAUGAUUAUUGUGUAUCUUCGUGUAUAUUUUUCAAUAUACACCUGUGGAUGAAUACGGUUACGACACGACUACAGAUGGAAACAGCUGUUUUGAAGAGCUGAUGCCGGUUCCAAGUUUUUAUCAUUGAAGACCUUCAGAUCGCACUACAAUACAUAGUUAAAAACUGCAGUUUUUGAGAAGCUGAAAGUAGUUCCAUGUUUUUACAACUGAAGACUGUCUGAUUAACACUGUGAGGGUGAGAGCAGCUCUUUAUGAACUUAGUGUGAAGAGGAAUCAGAACUGGAAAAGACAGAAAAGAAAGAGAAUUAAUAUUACCACAACAGACAAAACUGCAGUUCACUACAGUUCCAAGUUUUUGCAACUGACGACCAUCGGAUUGACACAGUGAGGGUGAGAGCAGCUCUUUAUGAACUUAGUGUGAAGAGGAAUCAGAACUGGAAAAGACAGAAAAGAAAGAGAAUUAAUAUUACUGCAAUGGAUGAAAGCUGCAGUUUUUGAGGCGCUGAAGACAGUUACAUGUUUUCACAGCUGAAGACUGUCACGUGAGUGCAUCUGAUCUCGUUGAAAUUGACACUGUGAGGGUGAAAGCAGCUCUUUAUGAACUUAGUGUGAAAAGGAAUCAGAACUGGAAAAGACAGAAAAGGAAGAAUCAAUGCCAGGAUUCCUCUGCGUGAAUGCUUGAGCUACGGAGAGAGUCUCAGAAAUGUGCAGCCACUCUGUGUUGAGCAAAGCUUAGUUAAUUUAAGAGGCUUUCAUACUUCCUCUGAAUUGAAAUCUACAAGCCAUGGAAUCCAAACUGCUGACCGAUCUAGGCCAAAUUUUGCAUGUGGUCCUCAUUUGACCAAAGGAAGGUUUUCGCUUAGGUUUCACACCCGUACUACCCCCACCCUACGGGCUACCUAAUUUACUGCAGGUCCCAGCAAAGUGGGAAAAUAUGCCACCAAAAAAACCGCUUUCCCUUGGGCGAAAGACUUCAUCAGCCAAAAGGACGGCAGCAUCCAGGGCAGCGGAAACAUCAGAUCAGAGGAAGGCCAGACAAGAGUACCAAAGGAAAAGAGUUGCUGCAUCCAGAGCAGCAGAAUCACUGGAACAGAGGAAGGCCAGACUUGAAGUUAUGAGGAUAAGAGCAGCUGCAUCCAGAGCAGCUUUACGUCAGAACUCCAAAAAAUCUCUUCAUUCUGGUGAUCAUAAUAAGGAGGAAAUGAAGUCUGUACCAAGUGUGGGUGACUUCGUUUUAAAUCCAGAAAAAGAUGAGAAACGUGUUAUCUAUGUUUCAGAUCUUGUUUACGUUGUUGAUAAAUUAGAUGAUAGUUUGACUGUGGAUAUCUCAAAUACAGAAGAGCAGUGUGGCAUAGAAUGUGAGGCUAAUGAAACUGAGGACCCGUUAUCCGGGCUAGAAGUUGAGCCUAAAGUUGAAACUGUUGUAGAAGAGGAAGAAGAUUCCAGUGUAAGAGAUGAUUACUUCGUAGAAGUAAAGGAGGAAAUUGAAGAGACCCCUGAAAAUAUGGACCUUCCCUUUUAAUAUGUUAAGUCUUUGUAGGCAAGCCAGUUGUAGACAGAAGUAAAUUUACUUUGCAUUUUAACCAUAACGAAAGUUGUUUUUGGAAAGCUGUGUUUUGUAUUUUUCUGUAUACGUACUGUAUUAAAGUUUUAACAAGGGUUGUGGAGUUUGUGUUAUUUAAAAAUAUUAUUACUAGAUUAUAUACCAAUUUGUGAUGCAUUUUUCGUGUUAAACUGCUAAGUACUACUGCAAUGUUGAAAGGGGAGACUGAUAGUCAUUAUUUUAAGUUUUAACCUAAAUUGUUUCCAAGACACUACAGCAUUGCUUUAAAAUAUUUGUAAAUGGUAUUUGGGUAAGUGGUAUUUGCUAGUUCCUCAACAUGAUUUUUACCUGCUGUUUCCUAAGCAGUCCCGGUUUAGCUGCAGCAUCAGUUAACAGUGUUUCGGUUUUUGACACUCGGCUAAUGACGUCGUUAACUAGAUUUUUGUAGCCAGUAAGCAAUUUUUGGCUCCAGUAAGUGUUGCUAGGCAGUUUAUCGGUGUCGGUAGCAAUUUUCAGCUUUAGUAAGGAGUUUAUCAUUGUCAGUAAGCUGUUUAUCAGUACCAAUCGUCGCUUACAGUGUGUUAAACAUUUUGUUGCCAUAAUUAUUGUGAUGUUCUGGUUAACAGUGAUUAUCAGUUAUCGGCUCUCAGGUGGGAAUUGAACCCCCUUCGUUAACCGGGCACUGCCGUACUUGGUUAUUAGAUUACAGCUUUGUAAUGCUGUUUACUUUUAAUCACACAACAUUGGAAUUGUUGAUGACUGUGGUUCUUUUGAGGUAAGAUAUUUGGAUGCAGAAAACCUGAUAUUUUCUAUUUGGUUUGGUCUUGGUAUGCUUAUCCUGUAUGAAUUUCAUAUCAUUUUUGUGAGUGACACAUAUUCUCAGAAAAUACAAAUGACAAGUAGCCGUUCUUGCAUUACAGACAUUACAGCUAUCAUUCUUUUGUCUCAUAAGCUUCUGUCUCAACUUGAUUGUACCAUUAUAAGUGUAGAAAAUCAAGAAUUUAAAAUAAAGGCAAUUUCAUAGUUCAGAAUAAUGAGAUUAACAAUAUUCACAGGUCAGGAUGCCUUUGCAUGAAUCUUUCAGCUACUGAGAGAGCCCCAGAAUUGUGUAGCCACUCUGUGUCCGGCACAGUUUAAACUUAAGAAAAUAUGCCACGAAAGAAAAGGUCUUCCCUUGGGCGAAAGACUUUAUCAGCCAAAAGGACGGCAUCAUACAGGGCGGCGGAAACAUCUGACCAGAGGAAGGCUAGGCAGGAAUACCAUAGGAAAAGAGUUGCUGCAUACAGAGCAGCAGAAUCUCUGGAGCAUAGGAAAGCCAGACUGGAAGAUAUGAGGAUAAGAACAGCUGCAUCCAGAGCAGCAAAAUCGCUGGAACAUAGGAAGGCCAGACUUGAAGCUAUGAGGAUAAGAGCAGCUGCAUCCAAAACAGCUUUACGUCGCUUGUUCCAGGGUCAGAACGCCAAAAAAUCUCUUCAUUCUGUUGAUCGUAAUAAGGAGGAAACAGAGUCCAUACCAAGUGUGGGUGAAUCCGUUUUAAAUCCAGAAAGAGAUGAGAAAAGUGUUAUCUAUGUUUCAGAUCUUGUUUACGUUGUUGAUAAAUUAGGAGAUAAUAGGUUGACUGUGGAUAUCUCAAAUACAGAAGAGCAGUGUGGCAUAGAAUGUGAGGUUAAUGAAAUUGAGGACCCAUUAUCUGGGUUAGAAGUUGAGCCUAAAGUUGAGACUGUUGUAGAAGAGGAAGAGGAUUCCAGUCUAAGAGAUGAUUAUUUCGUAGAAGUAAAGGAGGAAAUUGAAGUGGCUCCUGAAAAUAUUGACCUUCCCUUUUGAUAUGUUAAGUCUGUCUUUGUAGACAAGCCAGUUGUAGACAGAAGUAAAUUUACUUUGCAUUUCAACCAUAACGAAAGUUUUUUUUGGAAAGCUAUGUUUUGUAUUUUUCUGUAUUGAACUGUAUUGAAGUUUUAACAAUGGUUGUGGAGAGUUUGUAAUAUUUGAAAAUAUUAUUACUAGAUUAUAUACCAAUUCAUAAUGCAUUUUUUAUGUUAAAUUGCUAAGUGCUACUGUAGUGUUGAAAGAGGAGACUGAUUGUCAUAUAUUUCAAGUUUUAACCCAAAUUGUUUUCAAGACACAAUCAGCAUUGCUUUUAAAUAUUUGUAAAUGGUAUAUGGGUAAGUAGUAUUUGCUUGUUCCUCCACUUAAUUUUUGCCUGCUGUUUCCUAAGCAGUCCCGGUUUAGCUGCAGCAUCGGUUAACAGUGUUUUGGCUUUAUGACACUCAGCUAAUGAUGUCGUUAACCAGAUUUUUGUAGCCAGUAAGUGAUUGUUUGCUCCAGUAAGCGUUGUUAUCCAGUUUAUCAGUGCUGGUAGCAAUUUUCAGCUUUUGAAAGGAGUGUAUCAUCAUCAAUACGCUAUUUAUUGGUACCGAUCGUCGCUUAGUGUGUUAAACACCAUUUAUUACCAUAAUUAUUGUGAUGUUCUGAUUAACAGUGAUUAUCAGCUGUCGGCUCUCAGGUGGGAAUUGAACCCCCGUCGUUAACCGGGCACUGCCUUACUUGGUUAUUAGAUUACAGCUUUGUAAUGCUGUUUACUUUUAAUCUUGUGUAAUUUGGACAUAUUUUUUAUGCUGGAUAUGGUUGGAAGAUGAAGCUCAGCAAAUACAUGAGGGGUGCAAUUUCACAGAGAACCUUUGCAUCACACAACAUUGGAAUUAUUAUGACUGGGGUUCUUUUGAGGUAAAAUAUUUGGAUGCAGAAAACCUGGUAUUCUUUAUUUACUUUAGUCUUGGUAUGCUUAUCCUGUAUGAAUUUCAUAUAUCAUGCUUGUGAGUGACACAUAUUCUCACAAAAUGCAUAUGAGAAGAAGCCCUUCUUGCAUUACAGACAUUACAGGCAUCAUUCUUUUGUCUCAUAAGCUUCUGUCUCAACUUGAUUGUACUAUCAUAAGUUUAGAAAAUCAAGAAUUUAAAAUAAUAAGGCAAUUUCAGAGUUCAGAAUAAUGAGAUUAACAAUAUUCACAGGUCAGGUUGCCUCUGCAUGAAUCUUUCAGCUAAUGAGAGAGCCCCAGAAUUGUGUAGACACUCUGUGUCCGGCAUAGUUUUAACUUAAGGUACUUCCAUGCCUCCUUUGAAUUGGAAAUCUACAAACCAUGCAAGUCCCAGCUUUUCUCAUUCUUUCAAGUAUAAAUAUAUGUACUUCAACUGCCUAACUUUGUAUUUUUUUUGUACCUAAAUUAUCUAAAUUAUAAUAGAAAAAUUGUUCCAUCUAUGAGUAUAUCUGUAAAUGUGACUGUAACUUAACUUGUAUGUAUGAAAACUUGUGCUCUAUAGAAAUCCCCUACUUGACAGAUCUAGACAAAAUUUUGUGUGUGGCCCUUAUUUGACCCAAGGAAGGUUUUCACAUAGGUUUCAAACACAACUCAUGCAAUCCAGGGUACUUUAUUUACUUUGGUUCCUGGCAAAGAGUAGGAAAGAACAACUCCACAAAAAUUUCAUAAGACAAAAGUUGCUCAUUGGGUUGGGUUUCGUAUGAAAAAUUUUUGUUACAUCCCAGGCUCCCUUGAGAAGGGGCAGCCCUUUUAUGUACUUAUUCGUCAAGAAUUAUUUUUUAUGGUUGAAACAGAUACUCUUAAUCUUAUUUAACCUUUAUUUUACUUUGGCAAUCCAGUGGUCGAAAAGCCAAACCCUGAUAAUUAAAUUGUCUUUUAGAAAAUAACUGCACAUUUAAAUGCAAAAAUUAAAAUUAUAUAUAAACCUUAAAAUAACACUGAUCCAAUUAUC